AUGUCCGACUCUCCGCGCGGAGUCGACCAUACCGACUCGCUCGACUCCCACGACUCGGGUCCGAAGCAGCCGGAGAAGAAGAAAAGCCGCCGUCCCGCGAAUACCGCGUUUCGUCAGCAGCGCCUCAAGGCAUGGCAGCCCAUCUUGACGCCAAAGACUGUGCAAGAGCUGUCGCUCGAAUACACAAGAUGCGCGAGCGAUGCCCCGGACCACCCGACUUUUGCGCCCAUGCCGGGCAAGUUUGUCGACUCUGCGUUCAAGAACUCGGGCACGCCCAUUGAUGCCCAGUGGUCAGCUGAAAGAAACUUCAAUGCCACGCUGUCGACCGGCGCGUCCGCCCCCAAUACCACCCGCUGCUGGCUGACCUUCACCAUCCCCGACUCCAUGGGUCCGCCUGUGCUCUUCUACUACCACCUCACAAACUUUUAUCAAAACCACCGCCGAUAUGUCGAGUCGAUGGACCAGCAGCAGCUUAAGGGCGACUUCAGGUCAUACGGCGAUAUUAAGGGAUCCAAGUGCACCCCCCUCUAUGGCGACAAGAACAACGGCACCGACAAGCCAUACUACCCUUGCGGCCUCAUCGCAAACUCUCUGUUCAACGACUCUUACAGCAACCCGGAACUCCUGAACCCGUCCGGCGCAACCGGUAACGAAACCGAGCCGUACAACAUGACCACCAAGGGCAUCGCCUGGGACAGCGACAGGGACCUGUACGGCCCUACCAAGUACAAGCCGUCAGAAGUCCUUCCGCCGCCAAACUGGGCCAAGCUCUACCCCAACAACUACACGGAGGAGCAUCCGCCCCCGAACUUGAAGGACUGGGAGGCGUUCCAGGUUUGGAUGCGCACCGCCGGGCUUCCCGCGUUCAGCAAGCUGUACCAGCGAAACGACACCGACGCCAUGAAGGACGGGAGGUAUCAGAUGAUUCUGGAAGAUCACUUCCCGAUGCUCGAGUACAAGGGCACCAAGGCCAUCCUCCUCACCACUCGAACCGUCAUGGGUGGACGCAACAGCUUCCUUGGAAUUGCGUACAUUGCCGUGGGUGGCGUGUGCAUCAUCCUCGGAGCCGUCUUCACCGUCACUCAUCUCAUCAAGCCAAGGAAACUCGGCGACCACACAUAUCUGUCCUGGAAUAACGUUCCCGCGUCGAAGCCGUCCGGGCCCAGCACCGCGGUGGCAUCUGGUCGCGAAAUGCGCCCCGGUGAGGCUUAG